GGUAUAAAUUCCUGCAGUCACGAAAGCUUCAAGUCAAGGUGAGACCUCUCUGUCAUGCAUUACAGAGAACCGUGCGGCAGAUACCGCUAGGCGGCGCAAGGGAACCACACAAAUCACACCACCACCCACCACCCCAUCACCCUCCUACCCUGCUCCAUCCUCUCCCCUCCCUCCUCUUCGGAGGCGGAGCGGAUCUGCGUCCGGCCUGAGCGCACGGAAACGCCGUUUUGACGCACGGCCAACAGGGGGACAAAAGCAGAACACGAAAGAGAAAAUGAUUUGACAUCGACAAGAGACAGAGAGAGAGAGACACAGAGUCCAUGGCAGAUCGCGAGACGAUGAAUCCUGCACCGCAGCUGCUGCUGCUGCUGCUUCUGGUGGUGGCGUGCGUCUCGCCGGCGAGACCUCCUCGUCCUCCUCCACCUCACCUCGUCUUCAUCCUCGCCGACGACUACGGCUGGAACGACGUUGGCUUUCACGGCUCUGAGAUCAGGACCCCGCAGCUGGACAACCUCGCGUGGCACGGCGUCAAGCUGCUACGCUACUACGUGCAGCCCAUUUGCACUCCGUCUCGCAGCCAGCUGAUGUCGGGACGGUACCAAAUCCACACGGGUUUGCAGCACGGCAUCAUCUGGCCCUGCCAGCCCCACUGCCUCCCCAGCGACGAGACGCUGCUGCCCCAGCUGCUGCAGCAGGCCGGCUACGCCACGCACAUGGUCGGGAAGUGGCACCUGGGCAUGUACAAGCGCGAGUGCCUCCCCACGCGCAGGGGCUUCGACUCGUACUUUGGGUACCUGACGGGCAGCGAAGACUACUACUCCCACAAGCGGUGCGUGCCCACGCCGGCCCUCAACCACACGCCCUGUGCGCUGGACUUCAGGGACGGAGAAGCCGUCGCCCAUGGCUACGAGGGAGACUACUCGGCCGGGAUUUUCGUCGACAGGGCCCGGGAGAUUAUUGCGAAGCACAAUCAGAGCAAGCCGCUGUUCCUGUACUUCGCUCUGCAGUCUGUUCACGAGCCCCUGCAAGUCCCGCAGAAGUACCUGGAGCCCUACGCGUUCAUCCGAGACGCCAAGAGGCGGAAGUACGCCGGCAUGGUGUCCAUGAUGGACGAGGCCGUGGGGAAUGUUACCGAGGCCCUGCGGAAGUUCGACUUCUGGAAUAACACCGUGCUUGUCUUCUCCACGGACAACGGAGGGCAGACGCUGGCGGGAGGCAACAACUGGCCGCUGCGUGGCCGCAAGGGCACCCUGUGGGAGGGCGGCGUCCGCGGCGUGGGGUUUGUCGCGAGCCCGCUGCUGGCGAGGCGCGGCAGGGGGGCGGUCUGCGACGAGCUCGUCCACAUCUCCGACUGGCUGCCCACGCUCGUGAACCUCGCCGGGGGGUCGACCGCGGGGACCAAGCCCCUGGACGGAUUCGACGUCUGGAAAGCUAUAAGUGACGGACACCCUUCGCCGCGGGUAGAAAUUCUUCACAACAUCGACCCGAUGUUUGAAGACAAUCUGCCGUGUGCCGUUGAGGGCAAAGCGGAACGGAACGAGAGAUUUCCAUUUCGAUGGAACAAUUCUACCUUCAACAUCUCCAUACAUGCGGCGUUGAGGCAUAAAAACUGGAAGCUUCUCACCGGAGACCCAGGAUGCGGCCAGUGGUUCCCUCCGCCACACGCCGAGGGAGCCACGGAGCCACCGCCGGCGCUCGCGAGCGGCGCUCCCGGGAGACGCGUGCGGCUCUUCGACGUCGUGGCCGACCCGGAGGAGAGGGUGGACCUCUCCGACCGCUUUCCCGACGUGGUGCGGGAGCUGCUGCUCCGCCUGCAGCGCUACGACGAGAGCUCGGUGCCCGUCAGCUACCCGCCCGACGACCCCCGAUGCGACCCCGGGCCCGCGGGGGCGUGGGGUCCGUGGGCCUGAGUUGGCGGGGGGCGCCCCCCCCUCCCCCCCGGGGUGGAUGCCCCCCCCCCCCCCCCCGGGGUGGAUGCCCCGCGUGCCGUCCGUUGUUUGUUCGGACCCUCGGCACUGCCCCACUGAACGAUCGUAGGGAAUCAUUGAUCAUUGUUUUAAUUAACGUGCAGUGCACUGGUUAUUGAUCGAUGAGCGUGCGGGGUAUGGAGCCUUGUGGGCUGCAGCAAUCCCAGUGUGUGGAUUAAAGGUCUACAGUGGCACCAGCGUGUAGCCUGCAGUGAUAGAUGUCUCAGUCUACAGUGGCACCAGCGUGUAGCCUGCAGUGAUAGAUGCCUCAGUCUACAGUGACUCCAGCGUGUAGCCUGUAGUGAUAGAUGUCUCAGUCUACAGUGACACCAGCGUGUAGCCUGCAGUGAUAGAUGUCUCAGUCUACAGUGGCACCAGCGAGUAGCCUGCAGUGAUAGAUGUCUCAGUCUACAGUGACACCAGCGUGUAGCCUGUAGUGAUAGAUGUCUCAGUCUACAGUGGCACCAGCGUGUAGCCUGCAGUGAUAGAUGUCUCAGUCUACAGUGGCACCAGCGAGUAGCCUGCAGUGAUAGAUGUCUCAGUCUACAGUGGCACCAGCGAGUAGCCUGCAGUGAUAGAUGUCUCAGUCUACAGUGGCACCAGCGAGUAGCCUGCAGUGAUAGAUGUCUCAGUCUACAGUGGCACCAGCGAGUAGCCUGCAGUGAUAGAUGUCUCAGUCUACAGUGGCACCAGCGUGUAGCCUGCAGUGAUAGAUGUCUCAGUCUACAGUGGCACCAGCGAGUAGCCUGCAGUGAUAGAUGUCUGUCUACAGUGACACCAGCGUGUAGUCUGCAGUGAUAGAUGUCUCAGUUUAACACGUAGGCUUUCGCGACCAAUAUUAUUCAUAAUAAAGGUUCUUGGGUUAGA